AUGCCCUCCCCGUGGAGGGAAAUCCUCGCGGAGACGCUGCUGGGCUACGUUGCCUGGUCGCUCUGCCAUGGCCUGGGACCCAUGAUCUAUUACUUCCCUCUGCAAACACUGGAGCUCACCGGGAUGGAAGUUUUCAGCCUCGCGUAUCUUUCUCCAAUCUUCCUCACAGUCACUCCUCUCUGGAAACUGGUGAACAAGAAGUGGAUGCUAGCCCUUCUGCGGGUCAUCACUAUUGGUAGCAUUGCCUCGCUCCAGGCUCCAAAUGCUCAACUUCGGCUUGUGGUCCUUGCAUUUGGGGUAUCAUCCUUGCUGAUAGUGCAAGCAGUGACAUGGUGGACUGGAAGUGGUUUACAAAGGUACUUCAGACUCUGGGGCUUCAUUUUAGGUCAGAUUCUUCUUGUAGUUCUCCGCAUCUGGUACACUUCCUUAAACCCAAUCUGGAAUUGUGAUACGUCCAACAGAGUGAUACUGACCUUAAGUGCCAUAGCCACACUUGAUCGCCUCUAUACAGAUGACGAGUACAGUCAAGCUGAGGACAAGAAGCCAGGUGAGGCGCGCAGAGCAGCGGCCGCGGGGUCCAACUCUGUGCUGGCAGGAGCUGCCUUGGGCAAUCUCAUGUUCAUCACCCACUGGAUCUUUGGAGAAGUGUCCCUUGUUUCCAGGUGGGCAGUGAGUGGACAUCCCCAUCCAGGGCCGGAUCCUAAUCCAUUUGGCGGUGUGAUUCUGCUGGCCUUGGUGAGCGGACUGGUGCUCUCGACUGCUUCCUGGUUUCCUGCUACCAGCUUCAUCUGGUGGGUUACAGGAGCAGCUUCAGCCGCCGGCCUCCUCUACCUGUCCACCUGGGCUGCGGCGCUUUCGGGGGCUGUGCUGGCCCUCUUCACGGGCUCUGUGUGGCCACAGGUGCUGGGGCACCUUCUGAGCUCAGGGCCCAACCCGGGGAAAGCUAUGACCGUGGCCAUGACCUUCUACAUGCUGGAGAUCCUUUUCUGUGCCUGGUGCACGGCUUUUAAGUUUGUCCCAGGAGGUGUCUAUGCUCGAGAAAGAUCCGAUGUGCUUUUGGGAACUGUGAUGGCGUUUAUUGGGCUGAGCAUGCGAUUUGGUCCUAAGAAAAGUUUUGACUUUCUUCUUCAAACAAAAAACAGUCCAAAAGGGCUUUUCAGAAAGAGUGAAAAAUACAUAAAGCUUUUUUUGUGUCUGCUUGUGGGUGUCGGUUUAUUGGGAUUAGGACUACGGCAUAAAAGCUACGAGAAGAAACUGGGCAAAGGGGCCCCGGCCUCAGAGGUGUCUGCUGCCAUCUGGCCUUUCCGGUUUGGCUAUGACAAUGAGGGAUGGUCCAGUCUCGAAAGAUCAGCUCAGCUGCUCAAUCAGACAGGUGCAGAUUUCAUAACCAUUUUGGAGAGCGAUGCAUCUAAGCCCUUUAUUGGGAACAAUGACCUAACCAUGUGGUUAGGGGAAAAGUUGGGUUUCUAUACGGACUUUGGGCCGAGCACCAGGGAUCACACGUGGGGGAUCAUGGUUUUGUCCCGCUACCCCAUAGUGAAAUCGGAGCAUCACCUUCUCCCGUCACCAGAGGGCGAGAUUGCACCGGCCAUCGCACUGACCGUCAACGUCUCCAACCGGCUGCUGGACUUGGUGGUGACACACUUUGGGAAUCACGAAGAUGACCUCGACAGGAAACUUCAGGCAAUCGCCGUUUCAAAACUACUGAGAAAUAGUUCUGAUCAAGUGAUAUUUCUGGGCUAUAUCACAUCAUCACCUGGUUCUAGAGAUUAUCUACAGCUCAUUAAACAUGGCAAUGUGAAGGAUAUUGACAGCACAGAUCAAGAUCGAUGGUGUGAAUACAUUAUGUAUAGAGGCCUGAUCAGGCUGGGUUAUGCGCGAAUUUCUCACGCGGGGCUAAGCGACUCUGAAAUUCAGAUGGCCCGAUUUAGGAUCCCAGAUGACCCCAUUCAUUACAGAGACAACCAGAAUGUGGUCACAGACCAGAGGAAAGUUCCUGAAGAAAUUCACUUCAACCCUAGAUUUGGAUCCUACAAAGACGGGCACAAUUAUGAGAACAAUCAUCAUUUUCAUAUGAGUACUCCCAAAUACUUUCUAUGA